AUGAAGGUGCAUAUAUUUGGCGUCUUGCGGUGUCAUCUGGUGGAGAUAACAAGAAAACUCGGCUUCGUGCUUCAAUUCCAACCCAUUGCAAACGCCAAGGAAGGGAAUGAAGAUUUGGCAAAACAACUUCUACAGCAACUGGCUGUUGGAGAUUUAGAUUUCGUCCCAGACGUCGUGUAUGGAUUUAUUUCACAAUUAUCUGCAUUAGAUAUAAUACCAUCCACCGAAGAUGAUUCCUUUAUUUUUGCACUCGUGCCGUUCGCGUCCCCGCUGCCGGCGUGGUCGCUGCCGCUGCGCGGUCGCCUCUACAAUCUCAUUGUGCAGCCUGACCAUUAUCCUGAAAUUGACACCUUCGAACAUCUGGCCAGUUCUGGAAUACCAUUAUUUUUACCGAAUGGAUUUGGGAACCGGGACGGUCCAAGGCCGCUGGGCGUGGCAGAUGUGCUGGCGCAUCUGCAGCUGCUGGCCUCGUGUCUGUGCGCAGCUGCCGUCACCUUCUGCGCGGAGCGGUGGCGCGCCCACUCGGGCGCACAGCGUUUUGCGCAAAUGCGCAUGCGCAGGCGGGGAAAUGCGCCGCUGUGCGAACAGCUCUGGCGUUGCAAGACAGAUGCGCACCGUCCAUCCAAGUUCAUGAAGUUGAAGACAUCGGCAGCUUCGUACUUGGGAGACGAGACGGAGCCCGGCCAGCCCAGCGAGUCGACGGGAAGGAGGCUGCGAGAUCGCCCGUCCGCAGGGCGACGCGAGCCAUCGGGAGCUGCGGGCCUAGGGACGCCCACGCACAGACAGAGCCAAGAAGCGCUCGGUGUCGACUACUUUUUUGUGGGAGUGAGAGAGUCGCCCACCCACGCCGGAAACACGGACCAACUGGGGCCGUGGCCUUUGUUGAAUCCCACAGCCGGAGGUAACGGCCGAGCACGGGAAGCUGCAGCCCGGGAUUUCCGCUCUACACAGUUGGGAUGACGGCUUGGCGUGACGAGUGAAGCAUCACACCGAUAAGAUGAUUUAGGUUUACAUUUAUUCAGUAAAAAAAAAAGGAAGAAAACAACAACAGUAAAAACUGUAUGUGACUGAUGUUUGGGAGAUUGUUUAGCCACCAACAGAGGCUCAAACUACUAGACUGCAGAGAUGGCAAAGAAAUAUGCAGAGAUUGGGAAAGGCAUUUGAGUUGCAUAAAGAGUUUUAUGUACAUGUAAUGUACAAAGUUAAACGGAAU